CUUUUUAUAUAUUUCCCAAUUUUUCAAAAUCAAACGGAAAGAAGUUUUUCUAAGGAGAUUGGUUGGAGAAAAGUGCAUUGACCGUGAAACCCAUCAAUGAUCUAUCCAUUCCAAGUAGUAGAAAGUUGAAAUCAAGUCCAAAGAACUGAAGAAGAGAGAGAGAGAGAGACUGCAAGAGUUUGAUUAAAGAAAAAAAAAAGGAAAGUAGAAAAGAGAGAAGAGGCCGAGGUGGGUCAGUAGCACACGUUGUAUUCAGGCAAUGCAUGUGCACACAUGGAUGAUAUAGAGAGAGAGAGAGAGGAGAAACCCAUCAGAGAAACAAAAGGAAAUUGUAAACGAGAGGGGAAGAAGCAGAAGUGGCAGCAGCAGCAGCAGCAGGGAAACCCGCGAUCCCUUUUCACACUUUCUGCGAGCCGACCAAACCCACCUUUGGUUUUUGUCUUUGCCUUUGGGGAGAGUUAGAGGCAUAAAGAUAUAGUACUACUUACUAUAGCUGAAAAAAAGAGUGGGUUUUUGUUUUUUGAGUUGAUUUUAGUAGUAAUUGUUUGAGAGAAGGAGCUUAGGGAGUAAGCGGGAGACGAGCAAAUAUGAAGGAGAACAGUGAUGUGUUUGUUAGGGCAGAUCAGAUCGAUCUGAAGAGUUUGGAUGAACAGCUCGAGAGACAUCUAACUCGGGCAUGGACCAUGGAGAAGAAGAAGGAAGAGACGAAGGAGAAAACCACUAGAGAAGAGUGGGAGAUCGAUCCCAGUAAGCUUAUUAUGAAGGGUGUUAUUGCUAGAGGCACCUUUGGCACAGUUCACAGAGGGGUUUACGAUGGCCAAGACGUCGCAGUCAAAUUGCUUGACUGGGGGGAAGAAGGACACAGAUCUGAUGCUGAAACUGCUUCACUGAGACAAGCUUUUACCCAUGAGGUUGCUGUCUGGCAUAAGCUUGAUCAUCCUAAUGUAACUAAGUUCAUUGGUGCUGUAAUGGGCACAUCAGGUUUGAACAUACAAACAGAAAAUGGUCAAAUUGGCAUGCCUAGUAAUGUUUGCUGUGUUGUUGUUGAAUAUCUGCCUGGGGGUGCUUUGAAAUCAUAUCUCAUAAAGAACCGGCGCAGGAAGCUAGCUUUCAAAGUCGUCGUUCAACUGGCAUUGGAUCUUGCACGAGGGUUGAGUUAUCUUCACUCCAAGAAGAUAGUUCAUAGAGAUGUGAAGACAGAGAAUGUGCUUUUGGAUAAGACACGCACUGUAAAAAUAGCUGACUUUGGGGUUGCUCGUGUUGAAGCUCAAAACCCUAAUGACAUGACGGGUGAGACUGGGACCCUUGGUUACAUGGCUCCUGAGGUCCUUAACGGCAACCCAUAUAAUAGGAAAUGUGAUGUGUAUAGUUUUGGAAUCUGCUUGUGGGAAAUAUAUUGUUGUGACAUGCCUUACCCGGACCUUAGCUUCUCAGAAGUUACUUCAGCUGUUGUUCGUCAGAACCUGAGGCCAGAUAUACCACGGUGUUGCCCGAGCUCCCUAGCAAAUGUAAUGAAGCGAUGCUGGGAUGCAAACCCUGACAAACGGCCAGAGAUGGAUGAGGUGGUGUCCAUGUUGGAGGCGAUUGACACAUCAAAGGGUGGAGGAAUGAUACCCGUCGAUCAGCCACAGGGAUGCUGGGGAUGCCUGUGCUUCCGUAAAUAUCGAGGGCCUUAGGAUGACCUUUCCUUUAAGUGAAAAAGAUGAGAUGUGAUUACGGAGAGUCAAUUCGUAAUUGAGGUCAAGAGAGUUGCAAAGAGCGACUGGGUAGGAGGAGCUCUGCAAUGUCUUAUCCAUCAAUGUAAAAGCUUCCCCCCCCCCCCCCAACCUUAUGUUUUUUAUCAAUAAUGUGUAUUUCAUUGCAUAGCCAGUGUACUAGCUCCCUCACCGGUUAUGCAAGACUAGCUACUUAUAUUCCAGCUAUUAAUAUGGCAUUAUUUGACCUUAUUGUAACUCAAAAUUUUCUCCGAUUUGUAUGAACAGUUUAUACCUGCAACAGACCAGAUGUAAAUGUAAACCAUAUUGGAAUAUAUGACUAUUUGUGCA